CUUCGCUUCUAUAGUUAGAUUUCUUCUCUCAUUUGCCCUUUGCGCACCGUCCACUUUCACUUAUAUGCACUUCAAUUCUUUCAUUCUUUCCAACAAUUCGAUUUUUAUCUGAUUGGAGACUCGGCUUUUCGAUCAAUUCUCGAUUGCAGGGGAUUGAUCGACUUCGUUGAUCUUUCUGAUUCCUCUGAUGCUUUUAGUUCGAAAUGAAGUUUAAAAGGAAGCGGGCACUGGAAGUGCCUCCAAGGAUUAGGUCGUUUAUUAAUAGUGUUACUGCAGUUCCACUUGAGAAGAUAGAAGAACCUCUGAAAGGAUUUGUCUGGGAGUUUGAUAAGGGAGAUUUUCAUCACUGGGUUGAUCUUUUUAAUCAUUUUGAUUCAUUUUUUGAGAAGUAUGUUAAACCAAGGAAGGAUCUGCUGAUUGAUGACAAUUUUCUGGACCUAGAUCCUCCCUUUCCUAGAGAAGCUAUUCUUCAAAUUCUUCGUGUCAUAAGAAUAAUUUUGGAGAACUGCUCAAAUAAGCAUUUUUAUAGUUCAUAUGAGCAGCAUCUUUCGGCAUUGCUUGCUUCUACUGAUGCAGAUGUGGUUGAGGCGAGCCUGGAAACAUUAUCUACCUUUUUGAAGAAAACAGUUGGAAAGUACUCCAUUAGAGAUGCUUCUCUGAAUUCAAAGCUGUAUGCUCUUGCACAAGGAUGGGGAGGAAAGGAGGAGGGACUUGGUUUAAUGGCAUCAGCUGUGCCUAAUGGGUGUGACACAAUUCAAUAUGAAUUGGGUUGUACCCUUCAUUUUGAGUUUUAUGCAUUAAAUGAAUCAUCCAGUGACACAAAAACGGCAGAACCGUUAGUCCAGGGGUUACAAAUCAUUCACUUAUGCAAUGUCAGCAAAUGUGCAGAAACUGAUCUUGAACUUUUGCACAAGUUAGUUACAAAAUAUAAGGUGCCUGCUGAUUUAAGGUUUUCUCUGCUGACAAGAUUACGGUUUGCAAGGGCUUUUGGUUCUUUGGCCUCUAGACAGCAGUACACAUGCAUUCGCUUGUAUGCUUUUAUAGUUCUCAUUCAAGCAUGUGCUGAUGCUGAUGAUCUGGCUUCUUUCUUUAAUGCUGAGCCUGAAUUCAUCAAUGAAUUAGUGUCCUUGCUAAGCUAUGAAGAUGCUGCUUUGGAUAAAAUCCGGGUUUUAUGUGUGCAUUCUUUAGCUGCACUUUGUCAGGAUCGUUCUCGCCAGCCUGCAGUACUGACAGCAGUUACAUCUGGUGGACACCGUGGCAUUCUAUCUAGCUUGAUGCAAAAGGCCAUUGACUCUGUCAUUUGUGAUGUCUCAAAAUGGUCGGUUCAUUUUGCAGAAUCUCUAUUAUCACUUGUCUCUGUGUUGGUUUCAUCAUCUUCAGGGUGCUCAGCCAUGCGUGAAGCUGGAUUUAUCCCUACUCUAUUACCCCUUCUUAAAGAUUUAAAUCCUCAGCACUUGCAUCUUGUUGAAAAGGCUGUACGGAUUUUAGAAGCUUUUAUGGACUAUAGCAAUCCAGCUGCUGCAUUGUUCAGGGACUUGGGAGGUUUAGAUGAUACUAUCUUUCGGCUGAAGAUGGAAGUUUCACAUGUGGAAAAUAGUGCAAAGCAGCCGGCUGAAAAUGUUGGGUCCUGUGUAAGCACUGAAAAAGUGGCUGGGGAUGUCUCUAAUGAGCUUGUUGACGUGCAGCCUUUGUAUUCUGAACCAUUAAUAUCUUAUCAUCGGCGGCUGUUGAUGAAAGCUUUACUGCGUGCUAUAUCUCUGGGAACUUAUGCUCCUGGAAAUACUUCUCGUAUAUAUGGAUUUGAGGAGAAUGUGCUGCCACAAUGCUUAUGCAUUAUCUUCAGAAGAGCAAGAGAUUUUGGUGGCGGAGUUUUCUCUCUUGCAGCCACUGUUAUGAGUGAUUUAAUACAAAAGGAUCCAACCUGUUUUCCUGUCUUAGAUGCAGCUGGUCUUCCUUCUGCCUUCUUGGAUGCUAUAAUGGAUGAUGUUCUCAACUCUGCAGAAGCUAUUACAUGCAUCCCCCAGUGUUUGGAUGCCCUAUGCCUGAAUAGUAAUGGUCUCCAGGCUGUAAAAGAUCGGAAUGCUUUGAGGUGUUUUGUGAAAGUGUUCACUUCUCGGACCUAUAUGCGUGCUCUUACAGGUGACACUCCCGCAUCUUUGUCCAGUGGAUUGGAUGAAUUAAUGCGCCAUAAUUCUUCACUACGUGGACCUGGAGUGGAUAUGCUAGUUGAGAUACUGGAAACUAUCUCAAAAAUUGGUUAUGGAGCUGAUGAGUCUUGCUCUUCAACUUCUGCUCCUAUGGAUAUGGAUAAUGUGGAUACAGAUUUGAAUUUGCCUGAGAAUAAGGAGUCAUCCAGCUCAGAUGGCAUCGAGCACACAGUUGAGUCUUCUUCUGAAGCUUCAAUAAUGAAUAUGGAAUCAUUUCUUCCUCAUUGUGCAAGCAAUCUUGCUCGCCUUCUUGAGACAACUCUUCAGAAUGCUGACACAUGUAGAAUAUUUGUUGAGAAAAAGGGCAUUGAAGCUGUUCUCAAUUUAUUUACUUUGCCUUUAAUGCCUCCUUUUGCAUCCGUUGGGCAGAGCAUAUCUGUUGCCUUUAAGAACUUCUCCCCACAGCAUUAUGUUUCUCUUGCUCGAGCUGUAUGUUCCUUCUUGAGGGAACGUCUGAAAUCUACUAAUGAGCUUUUAGAUUCAGUUGGAGGGACUCAACUUGCUCUAGUAGAACCUGCAAAGCGAACAAAAGUCUUGGGGUAUCUUUCUAGCCUUGAAGGUCUUCUAACUCUUUCUAUAUUUUUGUUGAAGGGAACUACUACUGUCGUGUCUGAAUUGGGGACGGCAGAUGCUGAUGUAUUGAAAGAUAUUGGGAAAGCAUACAAAGAAAUAAUUUGGCAAAUUUCUCUGUGUAAUGAUUCCAAGUCAGAUGUUAAGAACACUGAACAAGAAUCGGAGGUUUCACAGGUAACACCUAAUGCUGGUGAAAGAGAGAGUGAUGAUGAUGCAAAUAUUCCAGUAGUGAGAUACAUGAACCCAGUCUCUGCUAGGAAUGGUUCACAGUCAUUGUGGAGUGGAGAUCAUGAGUUUCUGUCGGUGGUUCGUUCUGCGGAAAGUUUGCACCGCCGUACUAGACAUGGGAUAUCACGUUUAAGAGGUGGAAGGACUGGCCGUCACUUGGAAGUCCUGAACAUUGAUUCUGAAGCAUCUUCUAGUGCACCAGAGGCAACUUUAUCCCAGGAUUUGAAAAAGAAAAGCCCUGAUGUUCUUGUAUUAGAAAUUCUUAACAGGCUUGCAUCAACUAUGCGCUCUUUCUUCACUGCCCUUGUCAAGGGAUUCACUUCACCAAAUCGUCGUAGGGCUGACACAGGGUCCCUCAGUUCAGCAUCAAAGACUCUUGGAACUGUCUUAGCUACAACUUUUCUUGAGGCUCUUAGUUUUUCUGGGCAUUCUACAUAUGCUGGACUAGACUCGUUGCUUUCUGUAAAAUGUAGAUAUCUUGGGAAGGUUGUAGAUGACAUGGCGGCUCUCACCUUUGACAGCAGGCGCCGAAGUUGUUAUACUGCCAUGGUGAAUUAUUUUUAUGUCAAUGGUACGUUUAAAGAGCUACUUACGACUUUUGAAGCUACUAGUCAAUUGCUAUGGACGCUUCCAUACUCUUUGCCAUCAUCAGACUCUGAAAUUGAAAAGAAAUGUGAAGGAAGCAAGCUGUCCAAUAAUACCUGGCUACUUGAUACAUUACAAAGCUACUGUCGUUUGCUGGAGUACUUUGUAAACUCUUCGUUACUUUUAUCCCCAUCAUCAGCUUCCCAGGCAGAGCUCCUUGUUCAGCCAGUUGCAGUUGGAUUGUCGAUUGGACUAUUCCCUGUACCUAGAGAUCCAGAAACUUUUGUUCGUAUGCUGCAAUCUCAGGUUCUUGAUGUGAUCCUACCAGUUUGGAAUCACCCCAUGUUUACUAGCUGUAACCCUGGUUUCAUUGCAUCUAUCAUUUCUCUUGUAACACUUGUAUAUUCUGGUGUUGGAGAAGUGAAGCGAAACCGCAACAUUGCGGGAAGCACAAAUCAACGGUUCAUGCCACCGCCACCUGAUGAGGCAACCAUUGCCACUAUUGUUGAGAUGGGUUUUUCAAGGGCUAGGGCAGAGGAAGCACUUAGACGUGUGGAAACAAAUAGUGUUGAAAUGGCUAUGGAGUGGUUGUUUAGUCAUGCUGAUGAUCCUGUCCAGGAGGAUGAUGAACUUGCACGAGCACUUGCUUUGUCGCUUGGAAAUUCAUCUGAAACAACUAAAGUAGAUAAUGCUGAAAAGACUGUGGAUGUGCUUAUUGAAGAGGGGCAACUGAAGAAACCUCCAGUCGAUGAUAUUCUUGCUACAACAGUGAAGUUGUUUCAGAGCAGUGACUCAGUAGCAUUUCAGCUUACAGAUUUGCUUGUAACGCUGUGCAGUCAGAACAAAGGAGAAGAUCGUCCAAAAGUAUUAUCUUAUCUUCUUCAGCAGCUAAAGCUUUGUCCAAAGGACUUUUCAAAGGAUAACUGUGCUUUAAGUGUGUUAUCACAUAUUAUAGCACUGAUUCUUUUUGAGGAUGGAAGCACAAGGGAAAUUGCUGCUCAAAAUGGUAUUGUAUCUACAAUCAUAGAUAUAUUAAUAGAUUUCAAAGCCAAAUUUGAGCCAGGAAGUGAGAUGCCAGUCCCUAAAUGCAUUAGCGCUUUACUACUCAUAUUGGAUCACAUGCUGCAACUGAGGCCCAAGACUGAUAAUAUGGAAGGAACACAUACUGAAUCUCUGCCUGACUCAUCUGGCGAUCUUGGUCCCGAUGGAGAGAAGAAAGCAUCUUUAGCUGUGGAUGAGAAACAACCUAGCAUGACAAUUGAGAAUAUGCUGGAGAAAUCUACAGGCUAUCUAUCUAUUGAAGAAAGUCAAAAGGUGCUGGAUAUUGCUUGUGAUUUGAUAAAACAGAAUGUUCCUGCCAUGGUCAUGCAAGCUGUUCUGCAGUUAUGUGCCCAUUUAACAAAAGCACAUGUUUUAGCCUUACAGUUCCUUGAAAAUGGAGGUUUGGCUUCUCUUUUUAAUCUUUCAAGGAAUUGUUUUUUCCCUGGAUAUGACACUGUUGUGUCAGCUAUAGUUCGACAUCUCCUUGAAGAUCCUCAAACACUACAAACAGCCAUGGAAUUAGAGAUAAAACAAACAUUAAGUGGAAAUCGCCAUGGAGGGCGUGUCUCUCCUCGAUCAUUUCUGACUUCAAUGGCACCUGUGAUCUCUAGGGAUCCUAAUGUUUUUAUGAAAGCUGCGGUGGCAGUUUGCCAGUUAGAGACAUCAGGGGGAAGGACAGUAGUUGUGCUAUCAAAGGAAAAGGAAAAAGAAAAGGAAAAAUCUAAGUCUGCAGCAAGUGAAGUUGGGCUAUCUUCCAAUGAAUGUGUUCGGAUAUCUGAAAGCAAGUCACAUGAUGGAUCAGGAAAAUGUUCCAAAAGUCACAAGAAGGUUCCUGUUAAUCUCAGUCAAGUAAUUGAUCAGCUUCUUGAGAUUGUGCUGAAAUAUCCUUUUGUGAAAGGUCAAGAUCCUGAGUGCAACUCAGCUUCCAUGGAUAUUGAUGAGCCUACCAUGAAGGUGAAGGGUAAAUCCAAGAUCGAAGAGGUGACAACGUCAGAGCCUGAAUCUGAAAGAUCCAUAGCACUGGCCAAGGUGACUUUUAUCCUCAAAUUGUUGAGUGACAUUCUCUUGAUGUACGGACAUGCAGUGGGGGUCAUACUUAGAAGGGAUUCUGAGAUGUGUCAAUUUCGUGGAUCCAAUCAACCAGAUAAUUCUGGACAUAGUGGGAUAAUCCAUCAUGUGUUACAUCGGUUGCUACCUCUUGCUGUUGAUAAAUUUGCAGGACCUGAUGAUUGGAGAGGUAAGUUAUUGGAGAAGGCUUCAUGGUUCCUGAUAGUUUUGUGUGGUCGAUCUGGUGAAGGGCGUAAGCGUGUAACAAAUGAACUUGUUAAAGCUUUGAUGUCUUUUUCAAAUUUGGAGAGCAAUUCAAGAAAGAACAGCUUGUUGCCAGAUAAAAGACUUUUAACUUUAGUUGAUCUAGUGUAUUCUAUCUUGUCCAAAAAUUCAUCAUCUGCUAGCCUACCCGGCUCUGGAUAUUCACCUGACAUUGCAAAGAGCAUGAUAGAUGGUGGAAUCAUUCAGUGUUUAACUAAUAUAUUGCAAGUUAUGGAUUUGGAUCAUCCUGAUGCUCCCAAAAUUGCGAAUCUUAUACUCAAGGGUUUAGAAGGCCUGACUAGAGCUGCCAAUGCCAGUGAGCAAAUCUUCAAAUCUGAUGGGAUUAACAAGAACAGAUCUGCUGGUUUAGAUGUUAGUCAUGAUGCCCCAAUUUCUGCACCAUCUAUUGCUGAAGAAGUGGCACAUAAUCAGAAUGCAAGCAGUCAAGAGGCACUAAGAGAUACAAUGGAUGAUGUGCAGCAAGAUCAAAGAGCUUCUCAAGGUGAUGAUCAUGCCACUAAUCCAAAUGAGUCGGUGGAACAGGAUAUGAGUGUAGAAGGGGGUGAACCAAUGGCCCCAAACCCUCCAAUGGAACUUGGUGUGGAUUUUAUGCAUGAAGAAAUGGGGGAGGGAGGUGCCUUGCACAGCUCUGAUCAAAUUGAAAUGACCUUUCGUGUUGAGAAUAGGGCGGAUGAUGACAUGGGUGAUGAAGAUGAUGACAUGGAUGAUGAUGGUGAGGAUGAUGAGGAUGAUGAUGAGGGGGAAGAUGAUGAUGAGGAUAUAGCAGAAGAUGGUGGAGGAAUGAUGUCCCUUGCUGAUACGGAUGUGGAAGAUCAUGAUGAUACCGGCUUGGGAGAUGAGUACAAUGAAGAAAUUUUUGAUGAAGACGAUGAUGAUUUUCCUGAAAAUCGUCUAAUAGAGGUUAGGUGGAGCCCCCUUGAUGGCUUAGACCAUUUGCAGAUACUUGGGCAACCUGGAACUGCAGGUGGCCUUAUUGAUGUGGCAGCUGAACCUUUUGAAGGGGUUAAUGUGGAUGACCUUUUUGGUCUUCGAAGGCCUUUGGGUUUUGAGCGCCGUCGUCAAACAGGCAGAUCUUCGUUUGACAGAUCAGCCACUGAAGUCAAUGGUUUUCAACAUCCACUCCUUGUUAGGCCACCCAUUUCCGGGGGUCUCUUGUCAAUGUGGUCUUCAGUUGGUAAUUCUUCAUCUAGGGAUCCAGAAGCUUUGUCAUCUGGAAAUCUUGAUGUGGGCCAUUUCUACAUGUUUGAUGCACCUAUUCUUCCAUAUGAUCAUGUGCCAAGUAGUCUUUUUGGAGAUCGUUUGGGUGGUACUGCACCCCCUCCUCUCACAGAUUAUUCUGUAGGUUUAGACUCAUUGCAGCUACCGGGAAGAAGAGGGUUAAGUAAUGGUAGGUGGACUGAUGAUGGUCAGCCACAAGGAGGUGCUCAAGCAGCUGCCAUUGCACAAGCUGUGGAGGAACGAUUUUUAUCUCAGCUGCGCAGCAUUGCUCCUUCCAGCAGUCCUGUUGAACAGCAGUCAAAUAAUUCUGGAGUACAAGAGAGGCAAUCUGAUGCACCUUCAUCUCAUGAUGGUCCAAUAUUGGUGGUGGGAACUGACUCUACCACUCAACAAGUGGAAUGUCAGCAGCAAGAAAAUGUUACUGGAUCAACGGCUCAGCAAGUAAACCUUUCUGUCAAUGGUGCUCCUAUUGAGGAAGAAGUCAAUACAAACUCUGGUCAAAGAGAUAUAGUGGGAUGCCAACAAGGCAAUGAACCCAUGGUAGUUCAACCACUUUCACUGAAUGUUAUGUCAAAUGGUCUGGACAGAUCAGAAAAUGAAAGAAAUGAUACUAUCAAUGAGGAUGCAACUAAUGCCCAGGAUUCCCAUGUCAAUCUACCAUGUCAAACAGGUGCAGAUGCAUUUACCAAUGGUGAAAAUUUGCCAAUGGGUCAUGAUGGAGCUCUAGUUAAUGAUGAUCAGACCAGUAAUCCUCAAAUGGUGGGCUCUGUUUUGGAGAUGCCUGAUCCAGUUGAUUGCAAUGCAUCAUCAAUUGAUGCAAAUAUUGAUGUUGAAAUGGGUGGUAUUGAUGCUGGAGGAAAUCAACCACAGCAACCAACUCCUAAUGCUGAACACGAGAGGGAUGAACAACCACCUCAGAAUACAGAGGGUGCUUUAAAUGCUGCGGAGGCUGACCAAGCUAGUGUGAAUAAUGAAGCUUCUGGUGCCAAUACAAUUGAUCCCACCUUUUUGGAGGCAUUACCUGAAGAUUUGCGAGCAGAAGUUCUGGCCUCCCAGCAAGCUCAAUCUGUUCAACCUCCAGCAUAUGCUCCUUCUGUGGAAGAUAUUGACCCUGAGUUUUUAGCUGCACUUCCUCCCGAUAUUCAGGCUGAGGUUCUAGCCCAACAAAGAGCUCAAAGAGUUGCCCAGCAGGCCGAAGGACAACCAGUUGACAUGGAUAAUGCAUCUAUAAUUGCUACUUUUCCUGCUGAUCUGCGUGAAGAGGUGCUUCUGACUUCUUCAGAGGCUGUUUUGUCAGCGUUGCCAUCCCCAUUGCUUGCUGAAGCUCAAAUGUUGAGGGACAGAGCAAUGAGUCAUUAUCAGGCACGUAGCCUAUUUGGGAGCAGCCACAGGCUUAGCAACCGAAGAAAUGGGCUGGGAUUUGAUCGGCGGCCAGUAAUGGAUCGAGGUGUUGGAGUUACAGUAGGUAGGAGGUCUAUUCUUGCAGAUAGCUUGAAGGUGAAGGAGAUUGAAGGUGAGCCACUGCUGGAUGCAAAUGCAUUAAAAUCUUUGAUCCGUCUUCUACGAUUGGCACAGCCUCUUGGAAAGGGCCUUCUUCAGAGGCUCCUAUUAAACUUGUGUGCCCACAGUGUCACAAGGGCCACUCUUGUUUGUCUUCUGCUUGAUAUGAUCAAGCCCGAAGCUGAAGGCGCAGUUAGUGGAUCAGCAACAUUAAAUUCUCAGAGGCUUUAUGGUUGUCACUCAAAUACAGUUUAUGGUCGAUCUCAGUUACUGGAUGGUCUUCCUCCCUUGGUGCUCCGUCGAAUUCUUGAGAUUCUGGCUUACUUGGCUACAAACCAUUCUGCCGUUGCAAAUAUGUUGUUUCACUUUGACCAAUCAAUUAUUUCAGAGUCUUUGAGCCCUUUUAGGGAGACUGUGAAGGAGAAAGGGAAGGGGAAAGUUAUUGAAGGGGAGCCUUCAAAAAAAUCAGCCGAGAACUUUCAGGCACCGGAUGUUCCCCUUAUUCUCUUUUUAAAGCUAUUGAACCGACCCCUGUUUUUUCGCAGCACUGCACAUCUGGAGCAGGUCAUGGGUCUCAUUCAAGUUAUAGUAAUUAAUGCAGCAUCAAAAUUAGAAAGUCAGUCUCAGUCUGAAAAAGAAGCAACAGGUAGCCAAAAUUUAGCUGCGAGUGAAGCCUCAGGUGAUCUUGAGAAGGAUCCUCCUCUAGUGGAAUCCGACUCUGAUAAACAAGACAAGCAUGCUGGCAUGGAUACAUGCCAUUCUAAUGUAAAGAAGAGCAUAGAUAUGUAUAAUAUUUUCUUGCAGUUGCCCCAAGCUGAUCUGAGCAAUCUAUGCAGUCUUCUUGGUCGUGAAGGUCUUUCAGAUAAAAUAUAUAUGCUCACUGGUGAGGUGCUGAAGAAGUUGGCUGCCAAUAUUCCUCCACAUCGAAAGUUUUUUAUUGUAGAGCUUUCAGCUUCAGCUCAUGCUUUGACCAGUUCAGCUGUCAGUGAACUUAUGACCCUGCAGAAAACAAAUAUGCUUGGCUUGAGUGCUGGCUCCAUGGCUGGUGCUGCCAUUUUGCGUGUGCUGCAAGCUCUGAGUUCACUCACUUUGCUUAAUUCUUCUGGUGACAUGGAUAUUGAAAACAACAUAGAUCAGCGUGAGGAUCAGGCCACUAUGUGGAAUCUAAAUACUGCUCUUGAGCCAUUGUGGAAACAAUUGAGUAGUUGUAUAAGUGCAGCUGAGGCCCAGCUGGGUCAGAGCUCUUUCUCUACUACCAUGACAAAUAUAAAUGUUGCUGACAAUCUGCAGAGCUCCUCUACUCCACCCCCUCUUCCUCCUGGAACACAAAGGCUCUUGCCUUUUAUUGAAGCCUUCUUUGUGCUGUGUGAAAAGCUGCAAGCCAAUGAAUCCAUUAUGCAGCAAGAUCAUGGUAAUGCAACUGCAAGGGAGGUCAAAGAGUCUGCUGAUUGUUCUGCUUCGUUUAGUGGUGAUUCACAGCGAAAGCUUGAUGGUUCUGUUACAUUUACAAGGUUUUCUGAGAAGCAUCGUCGUCUGUUGAAUGCUUUUAUUAGGCAGAAUCCAGGUUUGUUGGAGAAGUCACUUUCCAUGAUGCUCAAGGCACCAAGGUUGAUUGAUUUUGAUAACAAGAGAGCCUAUUUCCGCUCUAGAAUCAGACAACAACAUGAUCAGCACUUGUCUGGACCCCUGCGUAUAAGUGUAAGGCGAGCUUACAUUUUGGAGGACUCAUAUAAUCAGUUGAGGAUGCGUCCUACUCAGGAUCUUAAAGGACGAUUAAAUGUGCAAUUUCAAGGGGAAGAGGGUAUUGAUGCGGGUGGUCUGACUAGAGAAUGGUAUCAGCUAUUGUCAAGGGUCAUAUUUGACAAGGGUGCUUUACUUUUUACCACUGUUGGUAACAAUGCAACCUUUCAGCCCAAUUCUAACUCUGUGUACCAGACCGAGCACCUCUCAUACUUCAAAUUUGUGGGCAGAGUGGUGGGGAAGGCCCUGUUUGAUGGGCAAUUGUUAGAUGUUUACUUUACCAGAUCUUUCUAUAAACAUAUACUUGGUGUCAAAGUGACUUACCAUGACAUUGAGGCUGUUGAUCCUGAUUACUACAAGAAUUUGAAGUGGAUGCUUGAGAAUGAUGUAAGUGAUAUUCCUGACCUGACGUUUAGCAUGGAUCCUGAUGAGGAAAAACACAUACUUUAUGAGAAGAAUGAGGUAACUGACUAUGAGCUUAAACCUGGAGGAAGAAACAUAAGAGUUACCGAAGAAACUAAACACGAGUAUGUGGACCUUGUUGCUGAUCAUAUUCUGACAAAUGCUAUACGUCCACAAAUCAAUUCUUUUCUAGACGGUUUCAAUGAAUUGGUGCCUCGAGAACUUAUAUCUAUUUUCAAUGACAAGGAGCUUGAGCUACUCAUUAGUGGGCUUCCAGAAAUUGAUUUGGACGACUUGAAAGCCAAUACUGAGUAUACAGGCUAUACAAUGGCAUCAAAUGUUGUCCAAUGGUUUUGGGAGGUGGUCAAAACAUUCAACAAAGAAGAUAUGGCUAGACUUCUGCAAUUUGUGACUGGAACAUCGAAGGUUCCACUGGAUGGCUUUAAGGCCUUGCAAGGUAUCUCUGGACCUCAGAAGUUUCAGAUUCACAAGGCCUAUGGAGCUCCUGAUAGAUUGCCAUCCGCUCAUACUUGUUUCAAUCAGCUGGACCUUCCUGAAUAUUCUUCUAAGGAGCAGCUUCAAGAGCGGUUGUUGCUUGCCAUCCAUGAAGCUAGUGAAGGGUUUGGCUUUGGUUGAUCAGUAUUUCUCUGUUAGGUUUUGACGGCUGCAGCUCUGCCAUGAGCAUGUCUUCAUCCUGCCAUUUUAGAGAAGAUCGCGUCAAAGGCAGGCUCUCAAAUUAGCAUAGAAGUCCCGGGCAUUCUGAUGCUUCCAAGCAAAAGUGGCUGGAAUAUAACUUUUUUCUUGCAAAAUUCUUGCCAUGCCUAGUAACCUAGCUUUUUAAAAUUAUUUUGCAGUCUUAAAUGUAAUCUUCUUUGGCCAAACAGCCUUCGAUUUGCUGGAAAUAAGCUUGAGAAUGUACAGAUUUUGGAAUUAACAUGAUAGUUGCCUUUUCCUAGAAUGGAAUGAUGAGUUUGAUUCAUCCAAGAUGAGAGGAUGGUUUUUGAG